AAGUAGAAAAAUAUUCUUCUAGGUCAGAGAAUUAUUAUCAAGUUGUCGAAGGGUGACAAUAUUUCGAGGAAUAAAUCGAUCAUGCAUGAAGUUUAUCUUUUCUCAUGGCAGCUGAUUAAAGUCAAAUGGUAUAUGUGUCCACACCAUUACAUCAAAACAGACGUCUUAUCUUUUGGAAUAAAUUACCGCUAAUUAAUUUUGAUUCAACUUGUCAAAUUCAUCCAUUUCUGCACCCUAACAUUCCAUUCAAUGGUUUUGUUCUAGUUCUAGAACUAAAGAAAGAGCUUAAAUAAUGCAGGGAUUGAAAUGCAUGUCUGCAAUGAGGAGGACGGUCAAUAGGGUUUGCACAGGGAUAAGGUUUUUGAGUGAACUGUGCAAACCGGAGCCGGUGAUUGGAGCUCACGACAUAAAGUCGCCUCCGAACGCCAAGGUGUGCGUCGUAGGCAACUCACCGCUCACUGCCAGCCUGAUGCUGCAUCUGAAGCGAUCCUGUCUCAUUGACGAGCUGCGACUGUUUGACUCGAAGCAGGCAGCUAAGCGGAUCACUGAUGACUUGUCUCUGAUUGACACUGUCACGCAGGUCAAGCCCUACUAUGGCCAUUGUCAGCUUGGUGUUGCUUUGGCGGAUGUGGACGUGAUAGUGCUGGCCGGAGGUGACUACGGUCGGCCGGGCGAGUGCAAGAGUGCCGUCUUCAAGAGGAAUGCAGCCGCAUUGGUGGACUGCGCCUACGACUGUGCCCACCACAACCCGCACGCCACGCUUGUCGUGCUCACUCCGCCCGGCACACGCAAUGUGCCCCUUGUUUCCAUGUUGUACGAGAAACUAGGAAUAGAAGACAAAGGCCAGAUAAUGUCGCCAAUGGGCCAGCACGAGAUGAGCGCCGCGACGCUGGUGGCCGAGAUGCUGCACUUGCCUGCAGGCUGCGCCCGGGUGCCGGUCGUCGGAGGCUGCUGCUCCGAUACUGUCGUUCCUGUUCUCUCGCAGGCAUCGCCACAAAACGAGUUCUCAGAGAGGGAUUGGGAGCUGAUAGUGGAUGCCCUACGCAUGGCAAGUCAGCGAGUAGCGGUGGGUCAGGGAGGUCGCCCCCAGGCGUUGGCUCCAGCCCUGGCAGCGGCCGAACUGGUCCUCGACUUGGUCAGCGCUCGCUUCUCCAUCUCGCGACCACCGCGAUCCGUUUUUCUCAAGUCACAAGUUCUACCAAGUAUCAAGUACUUGGGCAUGCCUGUUCAGUUUGGCCCAGAAGGAGUGAAGUCGAAAGCAUCCCUCCCCCCUCUCACCGACCAAGAAAUGGCAUUACUGCUCAAGGCCACCGUCAGCCUGAAGGAGGACGCCAAACAAGCAAAGGCGGUCGCCUGCGCUGAAUGGUCCAAUAUUGACUAAUCAAUCAAAUUCAUCGAUAUAUUCAAUGUUUGAAAUUGAAAAUUUUGGACUCAUAUUCUUCAUCCAUUAAACAUUUGUAACUUGAUCAAUCCAGUUGUGAAUUGUUUUUUAUGUGGAAAACGUGUAUUUUUUUUCAAAUAAAUCUUUAGUAAUUCAACUA